AACACAGUAGUAAUCUUAAACUACUCGUGUGAUACCUUAGCAUACCUAAAAUUGCAGGAAGAGAGUGUUAAAUGUUUUAUUGACAAAUGAAGAGAGUUCUCUUUACUUUCGGAUACCCAUUUGGGUUUCCGUUCUCACUAGUCUAACCAGGUUAAAUGAGCUGCACUAGGGCACUUAAAUCACAGCUGGGGCUCAUAGCCGGGAGAACUGUGUGCAGAACCAAUGCCAAAUACUUCCCACCCCUUCGGCGCUAACCCCUGCUUGUGUGUGUUUUGUAAUAAUAGGUUAGAGGGAGAGGCUUUGGUAUCCUGGAGGUGAUUUCAACUAAAAAACAUUUGGGGCAAGUCUGAGAAGUACAGGAAUUCCUAGGCUGCCUGUUAAACUUCUAUAAAAGCAAACAGUGAAGAACAUUUUAUUGUGCACCUAUAUGAAUUUUUUCACGGUGUUUUGCAUCCUGAAUUUUUAAGGCUUAUCAGUUAAUAUGUAGAAUGGGGUUUCUUCAGUGUUUGUUAUCGUGGCGCGCCUCGGUGCUUCUGCACAGCUGCAUGUUCAGAGGGCUGCGCUGGCUUACCACAGGCACAGUGGGGUAGGCUCAGGUACAAACGUGCCACGAGGCAGGUGUGGCAGGUAGCCCGUGUGCUUGAACCGGAGCUAGGCUGCCUGAGCCUGCAUUCCCGUCCAUCAGCCCCGAGUGGUGCAGUCUUGGCCAAGUCACCUAAUCCCAUGGUGCCUCAGUUUCAGCAGCUGGAAAAGACAGAUAAGAUGGUGGCCGGCUUGCAGGGUUGCCUGCACAUCAGAAGCAGUGUAUACAAAUUGGAUAUUACCCUCCCUUUUACAGAUACAAUGAAGCACAGAGAGAUCAAGGUAACUUUACUCAAGGUUUUCCAGCCUAGAAAUGGUGACCCUGAGAGCUGACCCCAGGCAGCUCUUAACUUGAGAGCCUGAGUUCUAACCACUAAGCUAUGGCGGAUGCACCCGAACAUUGCAUUGAGGGCUUAGUCUGCAUACUUUCACCCGAGGUUGUUAUGAAACCACUUCCAGUACUGAAAAGACUCUAAAUGGAAGACAAAAGGGCCCACCCAGCAGGAUAUUGAAAAAAAUCAUACUGGGCUCAGGAGGUCUGGGUUCUCUUCCUGCCCGGCACUGAGGGCCGGUUCCCCAGCCUCUGGGGCUCAGGCUGCCUCGUUAUCAGCAGGGGGCUGGAGUAGGCAGGUAACUUAGGUAAGCUGCUCUGACUCAGCGCCAGGAGAUACCCAGUUCUGUGAGCUCCCAUGAGCAGAAAGAGACAUUGGAUACUUCCUGGGUGGUUUUCUCAGGACAGUUUUAUCAGAGCCACAUUGGUCCCGUGGACUUAUACUGAGCAGUCACUUCCUGAAGAUGACCACCUUGAACUGAACGCACAAGCCGUUCUCCUAGUGACUGAGAGCCCAGUCUUCCGGAGUCCAGGCUGGCAUUGUGACUUUGGGGUGGCAGAAAUCCGGUGCCAGCAUGACCGAGCGCUUCGACUGCCGCCACUGCCAGGACUCCCUCCUCGGCAGGAAGUACAUCCUGCGGGAGGAGCAGCCCUACUGCGUGGCCUGCUUCGAGGCCCUCUUCGCCAGCACGUGCGAGGAGUGCGGCAAGCUGAUCGGCUGCGACUGCAAGGACUUGUCCUACAAGGACCGGCACUGGCACGAGGCCUGUUUCCACUGCUCGCGGUGCAGGGGCUCCCUUGUGGACAAGCCGUUCGCCGCCAAGGAGGACCAGCUGCUCUGCACCGACUGCUACUCACAGGAGUACUCGUCCCGCUGCCAGGAGUGCAAGAAGAGCAUCAUGCCAGGCUCGGUGGCAGCUGGUUCCAGUGCCAAGGCACCCGUAAGAUGGAAUACAAGGGUAGCAGCUGGCACGAGACCUGCUUCAUCUGCCAUCGCUGCCAGCAGCCCAUCGGCACCAAGAGCUUCAUCCCGAAGGACGGCCAGAACUUCUGCGUUCCCUGCUAUGAAAGGCAGUAUGCCUUGCAGUGCGUUCAGUGCAAAAAGCCCAUCACCAGCGGGGGCGUCACGUACCGGGAGCAGCCCUGGCACCGCGAGUGCUUCGUGUGCACCGCCUGCAAGAAGCCGCUGUCGGGCCAGCGCUUCACGUCCCGCGACGAGUUCGCCUACUGCCUGGGCUGCUUCUGCGACCUGUACGCCAAGAAGUGCGCCGGCUGCGCCAGCCCCAUCAGCGGGGCCUUGGGGGCCGGACAGACCACCUGUGUUGUAACAGGUGGCCAACGUACCUUAAACAUUUGAUAAGAAGUCGACAUCAGACAGAGUCAGACACCCCAACCGAAAUGAGUUCCCGCUUCCCUUGUUUCGAUGAAGGAUGGCUUUCUCCACUGCCCACGCGUCCUCCUAACCCGCUCUCACGUCCCGCCGGCCUCCCCUCGACCUCCGAGUCCCGUGCGCGGCUGAGGCUUGUUCCGCAGCAGGCGCGCCCAUCCGUCUUCCCCCGCCCACGUGGCAUCUCUUUCGUGAGGCCGUUCUGGGCAGUUCCAGAGACGUUCACAUCUUUCUCGUCUGUGCUCCCUUCGGCGCCUCAUUCACUAAUCGCCAAAUUUUUGAGCACCAGACCUGAGGCUCCCAGGGAAGGAAGGGGUGGGAGAAAUCGGCUCCGCGACUCAGGCGUUUCACUCGGGUGGGAGGGGCACACAAACGCGGCGAUUGUCAUGUAGCUGUGGAGCCCGUCUGUCUCUUUCUCCUGCGAUUCAGGAGCUCCCCGACCUGAGCACAGGUUGGGAUUUAAACGUGGAGCCCAGCACCGAUCACAUCGCACCAGCCGGGCUUUGAACGGGUCCACGUGGGACUCCCCCCCCGCCCCCAUCCUCAUCCGUGUCCUCUUCCUCCGU